AUGACUCAUGAUUCUGGCAAGAAGAAGAAGGGAGGUUCAAAGAUCAUCAGCCCAGACCUCAAUGUGAAGAUUGUGGGUGCCACUGCAUCUUCUUCAAAUCCCUCUAGGGUUCCCCAUAAAGCUGCAAGUGCUACUCAUGCUCCAACUGGGUCAGCCCAACCACGAAGAAGAAGCAUUCGUAUGAAGCAUGUGGCUCCUAAAAGAGGACCCAGUAAGAAUUUGGGGAUACAAAUUAUCUCUGAUGAUGAGGAUGAUCAAAAUCCAAAUCUUCCAGAAGCUGUGAAUCAAGAAGAUAAUGAGGCUCUUGAGAAACUUGCAAAUGUAGCCACUGCUGCAAAUGUUGCACCAGAUGUUGAACUAACACAUCAAUCCUCUCCCUCUGGUUCUAUUGUCAAGUCUCAUGCUUCGGGUCAAAAGGAGCACGAUGAGAAUGAAACCUCUGCACAUGACGUUUCUUCCUCUGAGGAGGUUCCUGUUCAAAAAACCCCUACUUCAUCCACCAAAAAGGGUAAGGAAAAGAAGGUGGUUGCAUCUGCUGAUGAAGACUCUGAUGGAGAAUUGCUCAUCAAAGAGUCCCAUGUUCCUGUUAGUGGUGCCAAAAGGAAGGUUGCAGACAUAACGAAGCAGAAGAACGAAGGAUCUGCUGCUACGACUCCAAAGACUUCCAGAAGUUCUCAUAUUCCAAAACCUAGGAAGGAGACAAAGAAAUACAAGACGUCAUCACCUUCUACUGGAAAGAAAAGAAGACAUGUGUCUGAUCCUGACUUCGAGGCCGAUGUCGUGCCAGAUGUCCCAGACAUCUCAACCACUGCCAGAAAACGGAUGAAAGGUAAGAAUAUUCCUCAAAAUGUUCCUGAUGCUCCUGUGGACAAUGUGUCCUUUCAUUUUCCAAACUCUGCUCAGAGAUGGAAAUAUGUGGUUCAAAGGAGGCUUGCUAUUAAAAGGGAACUACAUGAAGAUGCCUUGGAACUCAAGGAAAUAAUGGAGGUUAUCUCUGCUGCUGGUUUGAUGAAGACUGUCCAGGAUCUUGGCAGAUGUUUUGACAAGCUUGUUAGGGACUUCAUUGUGAACAUCCCUGCUGAUUGUGAAGAUGCUUCCAGUGCCGAGUACAGGAAGAUGUUUGUGAGGGGGAAGUGCAUCAACUUCUCUCCUGAAGUGAUCAAUGAGUUUUUGAGCAGAAGCCCUGUUGCUGUGGGGGGGAGCCUUUGCUACAACCCUUACCGGGAAGUUGGUCAGGAAGUGGCCUAA